UUGCACCACGAGUCUUAGUUAGGAACCACCGAACAGGUGGCAUUUAGCUUGGUUGUGGUGGAUGUUUGGUUGUUACAUUUAGUGCGUAGUUCUGAGUGAAUGGAAACGAUAUGUCCAAUUCCAAAUCGACCUCAAAACCCUAUACCCUAUGCACUUGAGGACAUCUGAGAGAUUUUCAUACAAGACCAGCAAUAUCAUAAAUUAAAUAUAGCCUAUCAGGAGGCAAACUGAAGUUAACCCCAUAUUGUUUACACUUGUCAAACACUCUCCGAUCUCGACAAGUGAACAGGGCGUAGGGCUUAGUUUUCGAUUUGGAAUUAGACCAUAGAGAAAGUGGUAACGUCAGUAAGAGUAUCACCUGUAGCAGUAUCUGUGGUUUAGAAUUUCCAAGAAUGUGCGAGCGUAAGGACUGAACACGGACAUUAGAGACAGAUACAGAACGCGUCUACUAAAGGAUUGAGCCACAAGUUCCAAAAAAAAAUAUUUUCUUAUCUUGACUGGACAUUCACUGUGAGACCAUUAUUGAAAGGCUCCUUUUACUCAUGGUGGUUGUUUGUGGGAUCACAAUCCGGGAUAACUCUAUUCUUCGUUACGGUCUUCAUCAUCCUAAUUAUAACAAUUUAUAAAAAGUCUCUCCAAGCAUCGACAUGCUCCCGGCGCAGGAAGCGGCUAAGAUCUACCACACCAACUAUGUGCGUAAUGCGCGCGCGGUGGGUGUCCUAUGGACCAUUUUUACAAUCUGCUUUGCCAUCUUGGUGAUGGUCGUGUUUAUACAGCCCUACUGGAUCGGCGACAGUGUCAACACCCCCCAGGCAGGUUACUUCGGCCUGUUCCACUACUGUAUCGGAAAUGCGCUCAGCGGAGAGCUUAUCUGCAAAGGGAGUGCACUGGACUUCGGAUCCAUCCCGUCCGGGGCCUUCAAAACGGCUAUGUUCUUCGUUGGCAUCUCCAUGCUGCUGGUGAUCGGGAGCAUCGUCUGCUUCAGCCUGUUCUUCUUCUGUAACGCCGGCAGUGUCUACAAGAUCUGUGCCUGGAUGCAGUUUGCCUCCUGCGCCUGCAUGGUGAUAGGAUGUAUGAUCUACCCGGACGGCUGGGACAGCGAGGAGGUUAAGAGGAUGUGUGGCCAGAGGACCGAUAAAUACACCUUGGGAAACUGCACAGUGCGCUGGGCCUACAUCCUGGCCAUCAUCAGCAUCAUGGACUCCCUCAUCCUCUCCUUCCUUGCCUUCUCCUUGGGGAACAGACAGGAUCAGUUGCUGCCUGACAACUUCCAGGUGGAGGAGAAAGAAAAAGAGGCAACUUAAGCACCUUUAUUGACCACAGAAGAAGGGGUGACUACAUACAACAACAAUUGCAGGAUCUGAGGUGGUGGGAUUGAUGUGGAAAUAAAGCCCAGAUUGUCAAGUGACAUUAUCAAUGCAAGGAACACUCCACAAUAAAUCUACCCGUGAGAAUUCUGAUUACAUUUAAUAAAAAUAAUGUCUAAAUGAACACUUGCCAACCUAGAUUUACUGGAAUAGAGGAUACUCUAAGUACAACAAGUAAACACCAGACUUUUUCAAAAUCUUUAUUUUUUAUUAAGUACAGAAAAAGGAUUUAGUUAAAGCAGUGAACAAAUAAAUGCAGGGAUGGAGGGCACAAUAGGAGAAAGGGGCGGGGGAGGAAGCGAGGCAAGGAAAAGUCCACAAAAAUGGAAUUGGGCCGGGAAGAAGGGUUUAUAGAAAAGCAGCAAGCGAAGGAACCAGUCCAAGCACCAUUACUGAUUACAAUCCACCGUUAUUUUUUUGUCCUUAAUCUGACAGUUAAAACAGUAGAACACUGCAAAAGGGGGCAAAGAGGUUAUGAAAAUAAGCUUUAAAAACUGCCAAAAACUAGCCAAUGCAUCUCAAAGCAGCAAUUGACCUAAGAAGUCAUUCAAACAUUCUCACCUCAGCCGAUACAAGGUUCCAAAAAUGCCACUCUGUUCCGCAUCUAAUGCACCAAGAGAACCUGGUCAAAAAUAGUUCCCUAUAUAGUGAAGACCACGAUUUGGGAGUCAGAGCAUCCUCGUCUUUACAAUAUACACCAGUUCAAACAGCAGCUGUG